CUCCCACCUCCUCCUUCACUUCCUACAGCGGCAGUGUUGCUGCUGCCUUCGGAUUGUAAUUUAAACAUGGCUACUGCUGGAGCAGCUGGAGACGACCUGAAGAAAGAGCUCACGUGUGCAAUUUGUUUGGACUUCUUCAAAGACCCCGUCAUACUGAAAUGCGGGCAUAAUUUCUGUCGGUUUUGCAUCUGCAUGCACUGGGAUGAAAAUGGCGGAGACUACGGGUAUCAGUGCCCUCAAUGCCGAACGGUGUUCAACAAGCGGAGCUUCACCAAAAACUACCUGGUGCAGAACCUGGUGGCAAAACUGGACGACCUGGAGUGUCUGGGGUCUUGUCCUGCACAGUCUAAGCCCGUCAAAGUAGAUGGCAAGUGUGAACAACAUGGAGAAGAGCUGAAAUUGUACUGCCAAACUGAUAAGAGGCCCAUCUGUGUAGUCUGCAGGGAAUCUAGAGCGCACAGACACCAUGAGGUAGCACCAGUGCCAGAAGUUGUGAAUGACAUGAAGAUGGAGUUGAAAUUGAGAUUAAUGGAGCUCAACUGGCAGAAGUCUCAAUGUGUAAAAGUUAUAUCGUCUGAUGAGCGCACCAGAAACGAAGUCAGGUUGAAGAAGCAGAGACUCAAGGAGAAGAUUGAAGCAGAUGUUGGUGCCUUGGUCCAAUUCUUAUUAGAUGAAAGGGACUCCCUGCUUGAGUGCCUGGAUGCAGAGGAAGUGGCCACCAUGGCCGUCAUAGACGACAACUUGAAGAUUGUGGAGACGGAGGCGGCGGCUGUGGACAAAGCUAUAGCUAAUAUCCACAGCCACAUCAGUGGGAAAACUAGCUUUGAGAGCCUUUCUGACACAUUCAAUGAAGUCAUCCAUUGCAAGCCAUUCACAUCCCUCGAGACGGUUAAUUGUCAGACUGAAUUUACAGACUUCUCAGGGCCCUUCCAGCUUAUCAUGUGGAAGAAGAUGAUGCACGUGCUGCAUACCAUGCCUCAGAACCUCACCUUAGACCCAGACACAGCUCACCCAAACCUGCUCAUCUCAGACUUUGACACAAAAGUGGAGGAGGGCCGCGUUCGCAACCAGGAGCCAGACCUGCCAGCUCGCUUCACCCGGUUCUGCGGCGUCCUUGCCACAGCCCAGUACGCCAGCGGCCAGCACUACUGGGAGGUGGAUGUGAAGGACAAAGGUGUGUGGUACCUGGGAGUCACCACCGAGUGCAGCAACAGAAAGGGCUUCGUCAGCCUCACUCCCUCCGCAGGGUACUGGAGCCUGUGUCUGCAGGACCGGCUGUAUGCCAACGGAGAGGACGGGCGCAUCCCUGUCGCCGAUUACUGGAACUCUCCUCGGGUCGGCGUGUACCUGGACUACGACAAUGGGCGUCUUAGUUUCUAUGAUGCCGUCACAAUGAAGAGACUGUACAUGUUUGACACCUGCUUUGAAGAGCCUGUGUAUCCUUUCUUCAGCCCAGGAAAGAAUGACCCAGGCAGCAGGCUGCAGAUAUGCCACUAUUACUGAGAGAGCUGUGAUGAGUGUUUAAAUUUAGCUAUCUAAGCGUAAACUCGAGUGUGCCGGUGUUUUCAGAUUUG